CCACGCACGUUUCAAAUCCUGAAACGUUUCUCAUUAAAGGGUUAAUAUUCGAAGACAGCAGAUGUUUAGAAUCAAGAAACGUUCCCAAUAAUUGAAGUGAAUACCUCACAUAUUUCGACCCCUUGAUUCUUGAAGUUUCCUUAUUAAAAGGGUUGACACUGACGAGCCAAGAUGUUGGUGGCUCUAAAUACGCUGACCCCGCGCAUGCGGUUCAACUUCACAAAGCCGAAGAUCGAGAACUGGGUGUUCAAGCUACACUACCAAGUGACUGUGACUGUACUCCUGGCCUUCGUGAUCCUGGUGUGUGCGAGGGAGUACUUCGGGGAGCACAUCAAGUGUAUCUCCGACCAGGGAGUGCCGGACCACGUGAUUCAGACGUACUGCUUCUUCAUGGCCACAUUUACUAUUGUCCGUCACUACAACGAGAGCAUGCUGCAGUCGGGGUUCCUGCCGCAUCCUGGCGUGGGACCACUGCAGGACUCCGACCAGACGCUCCGACAUACUUACUACCAGUGGGUGCCGUUUGUCCUGUUCCUCCAGUCCAUCUGCUUCUACAUGCCGCACUUUAUAUGGAAGAAGAAGGAAGGUGGUCGCAUCAAGGCGCUGGUGGACGGCCUGCAGUACGCGGGCCUGGCGCUGUCUGAGGAGGACGUGAAGGUGGGCAGCAACGUGGUGCCGUCCAAGGCCUCGCUCGGCAACCGCGUCGACCUUAUAAAGAAGGACAUCAUACUCAGACUACGCGUAUCUCGCACGUGGUCCACGUGGCUGGUGGCGAUGGAGGUGGCCAACCUGCUGCACCUGAUGUUCCAGGUGUGGAUGAUCGACAUGUUCCUGCACGGCAACUUCAUCUCCCUCGGCUCCAAGGUUAUCGGCUUUAGCGACUGGAACCAAAUAUCUGACCCGCUGGAGCUGGUGUUCCCGAAGGUGACGAAGUGCAUAUUCCACAAGUACGGUCCCAGCGGGUCGAUCCAGCAGCACGACGCGCUGUGCGUGAUGGCGCUCAACAUCAUCCACGAGAAGAUCUACGUGGUGCUGUGGUUCUGGUUCCUCUUCCUCUUCAUCGCCUCCUUCUUCGCUGUAAUGUGGCGUAUCGUUUCGUUCUUCCUCUACCGGCGCUCGCUCAAGUUCAACGAGAUGAUGUUCCGUCACGCGUCGCACAGCAAGUUCAACCCCUACAACGUGAUCCAGGUCAUCAACGGCUGCCAGUUCGGAGACUGGCUCUUCCUCUACUACCUCGCUAAGAACAUGAAGAGGAUUGUGUUCCAGCAACUCUUCGAAAGACUAGCCGAAGAACUAGAGAAGAGGGAUAUGCCGUACGACCAAGAUGGUCAUGAGGAGAAAGGAGCUGAACCGGUACUCAUAGGUAGAGUCGACUAUGACGACGAGACGUUACCACUCAAAGAUGAUAAGAAAUCAUCGUAAGAUGAACAGGAAACUGUAAGGACAACUGUGAUAAUUUGUGUAAUAGACUUUUAAAAAUGAAAAUUGAAGAGGAGAAAAGAAAUGUCGCGACCGGAGAUGUGGGAAAUAAUUAUUAUCAGUAAAGUGACUUGUUGAUAACGUUUUUAUUUGGAUGUGGAUGUGAUGCGAUUACAAAUAAAGAAUAAUAGAAUGACGAAAAUCUGCAACUGCUAUGGAUGUAAUAACUGUAGCUACAAACCUAAAUAAUUUCAAAUCCAAAAGUUUUCUUGUACUCAAGUUGUUACUAGUUUGAGUUUCUAUCUUAAGCUACAUAAUUGUAAACUAGUCAAUAUCAUUUAGUUUUAGUACUUAACGCACUGUUAAUGUAUUUGGUUCCUAAUUCCUAUGUAGGGCAAACCAGGGUAAGUUCUUCACAUUUUAAUUCAUACUCGCGAGUGAACUUUUAAUGUGAUUUGUAUAAAAUGGAGUGUCUGAUCGUAGAUAUAAUAAAAUAACACCACAACAACAUUAAACAUUGAAUAACAACAUUAUAGUCUUAAUUUUUAUUAAGAUUGAUAUGUAUUUUGGUAUGAAGUGCCACAAGGGACCUUUCUUAGCCCAUAUUUUUAU